GGUCAGCCUUCUCUCCACAAGCUACAGUCUUAUCUUUUCCGCUUUCUUUGGGAUUUCUCCGCAAGAAAGAUCUCAAAAGCAAGACUCUGUUUUGAAGAUCAAUCUUGUUAUGCAUGCAUACAUACAUAUACGAAUAUGUGUGUAUAUAUGUAUAUUAUAUAUAUUUUUUGGGGUUUUUGAGUAUCUGUUAUAAAUGUAGUAUAUGGGGGUGUCGGUAGAAUGAUGUUAUGAUAAUGGCAGUAGCCCCUCAUUCAUUAAAAUUCUCUCUGAGUUCUCUGUUUUUAUGUUACCAAAAGCAUUAAAAGGCUUAUCUGCAUGUACUUGCAACAUAAUGUGUAUGUAGAAAAGAGGCAGAGAUAGAUGAUGGGCAGAGGCAGAUAACUGAAAUUGAUCUGUAAAGUCAAAGUUUUUGGGUCUCUUUUUCUCUCUGGGGUACGCCAGAGCAGGCAGUACCACAUUUUUGUUAUUUCUGUUGCAGACAAAAGCAAAGAGAGAGAGAGAGAGAGAAAGAGAGAGGGCCAUUCAAGCACUCCUCCAUGCAAAAUCACCUCUCUUUAUAGUCCCAUCUCUGCACAAAUUGCCUUUCCAUCUCUCAACUCAACUGCUCUCUCUCUCUCUCUCUCUCUCUCUAUAUAUAUAUAUAUAUAUAUAUCUGUUUUGCCUUUUAGAUAUGGAAAAGUCCCAUGUUGUCUUUCUUGUCUCUCUUCUCUUCUUUGCUCCAUUCUUCCAUGGCCGAUCAGCCAUGGCUGCAACAAGCCAGGAUGGAUCAGAACACUGGGGAUACGUUGAAGUCAGACCCAAAGCCCACAUGUUCUGGUGGUAUUACAGGAGUCCAUACAGAGUUGAAGACCCAAACCAGUCAUGGCCAAUAAUUCUCUGGUUGCAAGGUGGACCAGGUGCUUCAGGAGUUGGGAUUGGAAAUUUUGAAGAGGUUGGGCCAUUAGACACUGGUCUCAAGCCUAGGAAUUCAACUUGGCUCACAAAGGCAGAUCUCUUGUUUGUUGAUAAUCCAGUAGGGACUGGGUACAGCUUUGUGGAGGACACAAAACUGCUUGUGAAAACUGACGUAGAGGCUGCAAUUGAUUUGACGACAUUGUUGAUAGAGGUUUUCAACAGGAAUCAGACUCUCCAAAAGAGCCCUCUGUUCAUUGUGGCAGAAUCUUAUGGGGGAAAAUUUGCUGUUACUCUUGGAUUAUCUGCUCUAGAGGCUAUCGAAGCUGGGAAAUUGAAGCUUAAACUUGGAGGAGUUGCAUUGGGAGAUAGCUGGAUCUCACCAGAAGAUUUUGUGUUUUCAUGGGGCCCUCUUCUAAAAGAUGUCUCAAGACUUGACACCAAUGGCUUACACAAAUCAAACAGUUUAGCUCUGCAAAUAAAGAAACAAAUCGACAACGGCCAAUUUGAGGAUGCAACCGAUUCUUGGAGUGAACUUGAGAGCGUGAUCAGUGCCAGCAGUAAUUCUGUUGAUUUCUACAAUUUUCUACUGGAUUCAGGGAUGGAUCCCGUGUCACUAACAGCAGCAGAGCUGUCGAGGGGGAUUGCUUUGAGGCGAUACGCGAGAUAUCUUGAUUCAUUGAGGCCUUCUCCUGGUGGUGGUGGUGAUCUCGGUAGCCUGAUGAAUGGUCCCAUUAAAAAGAAAUUAAAGAUAAUCCCAGAUGAUGUUCAAUGGGGAGGCCAAUCAGAUCUUGUUUUCUCAUCACUUGCUGGUGAUUUUAUGAGGCCAAGGAUCGGUGAGGUGGAUAAGUUAUUGAAUAAAGGAGUCAAUGUGACCAUAUACAAUGGACAACUUGAUGUCAUUUGUGCAACCAAGGGGACUGAAGCAUGGCUCGAUAAGCUAAAGUGGGAAGGUCUCGAAACCUUCUUGGGCAUGGACAGAACUCCAAUCUUCUGUGGGGGUGAUAAGGUGACAAAGGGGUUCACAAAAUCAUACAAAAACUUGCACUUCUAUUGGAUUCUUGGAGCUGGCCACUUUGUACCAGUUGAUCAGCCCUGUGUUGCACUGUCUAUGGUGGCUGCAAUCACACAGUCACCAAUUGGGUCCAAGAAAACCAAGUAGAGCAGCUAUAAUAGUUAUAGAAAGAGAGGGACAAGUGUACAGCCAAAGAAGAAGGUCAAGCAAGCAAAAGGGGUUGUGAGAAAUAAUAGUAAUAAUUAAAAAAGGAAAACUGAUGAGGUGCUGUUGCUGCUGAUGCAGUAGUGACUUGCAAGGAAGCUGCUGCAGAGGUGCAAUUUAUUAUGAUAAGCUGUUUCACAUGGAAUAAGGAAGGACUUCAUUUAUUGCUUAUCUAUUCUUACUGCCUUGCCUUGCCUUGCCUUGUCCAGUCAUUUGUUUUCCAAAUAUUUGUCAUUUGAUCCUACUGCUGAACACUAAAUUAAUUGGGCAACUUUCUUCAA